AUGAAACUUCUCUAUCGUUCGGUGGUGUUUCGUCCAGGGCGAUUCUUCCAUACUACGAAAGAUGUGAUCGAAAGUUUGGAAAAGGAGAAAAAUCUAGACGGCAAAACUGAUCUAGAAAGAGAACUGGAAGGGAACCCUAUCAUCGCAGACCCUGAAAAAUUACCGGACAAGAAACUGCCAACAGCAGCAGCAACAAUGGCUUAA